AUGUCUUCAAAAUCCGCAUCAAUCACCAAAGCUUCGAAAAAAGCUACAAAAAAGUUUGCCAGCCAAAGAGAGAUAAAUUCACGACGAACUGCGUCGAGGAAGCGACGGCAAGAGACCUUUUCUUUAUACAUUUAUAAAGUAUUAAAACAAGUUCACCCAGAUAUUGGGAUUACGUCAAAAGCCAUUUCAAUAAUGAAUAACUUUGUUAACGAUUGGUUUGAGAGAAUUUCGGCAGAAUCUUCUCGCUUGGCCUACAUCAACAAACGAGCUACCAUCACGAGCAGAGACAUUCAAACAUCUGUGCGUCUACUCCUGCCUGGGGCAUUGAGUAAGCAUGCCAUCAGUGAGGGUUCGAAGGCCGUUACGAAGUAUAUGAAUAGUAAAUAA